AAAUCAUCGUCAAGUCGGAGGAAGAGAUGGAUGAUCAUCGCAGACUGCUGGAUUUCUCCCGGAGGCCCCAGAUAAUCUUACACCGAAUAGAUUCCCUGAAGUGUAACGUUUAUAACCAGGAGAGGAGAUCCACUCUGGACCAGGAGGAGUUAGAACCUGUGCAGGUGAAACAAGAACAGGAAGAGCCAGAAGAUCAUCAGAUAAAAGUGGAAGAGAAAGAAGUUUACUGCAGUCAGGGUGAAGAACAGAUUGAAUUAAAACAGGAGACUGAUACCUGCAUGGUGGUUCCUGUUGAUGAGCAAACAGACCACACUGAAUCAGAACCAAACAGGAACCAAGUCAUCUUCCAGGAAGCUGCUGAAGCUGAGAACCAAAAUCAGGAAAGAAGAAAACCUUUCUCAUGUGACAUCUGUAAAAAGCGUUUGUCUUUCAAAUCUGAUUUUGAUGCUCACAUGAGAACUCAUACGGGUGAAAAGCUGUUUUCAUGUGGGAACUGUGGAAAAAGUUUUUGUCAAAAACGGCAUUUAACUCAGCACAUGAUGACUCACACUGGUGAAAAGCCGUUUUCAUGUGUGAACUGUGGAAAAGGUUUUAGUCAAAAACAGAAUUUAACUCAGCACAUGAUGACUCACACUGGUGAAAAGCCGUUUUCAUGUGUGAACUGUGGAAAAGGUUUUAGUCACAAACAGCAUUUAACUCGGCACAUGAUGAUUCACACUGGUGAAAAGCCGUUUUCAUGUGUGAACUGUGGAAAAAGUUUUAGUCAAAAACAGGAUUUAACUCAGCACAUGAUGAUUCACACUGGUGAAAAGUCGUUUUCAUGUGUGAACUGUGGAAAAAGUUUUAGUCGAAAACUUAGUUUAACUCAGCACAUGAUGAUUCACACUGGUGAAAAGUCGUUUUCAUGUGUGAACUGUGGAAAAAGUUUUAGUCGAAAACUUAGUUUAACUCAGCACAUGAUGAUUCACACUGGUGAAAAGCCAUUUUCAUGUGUGAAUUGUGGAAAAGGUUUUAGUCAAAAACAGGAUUUAACUCGGCACAUGAUGAUUCACACUGGUGAAAAGUCGUUUUCAUGUGUGAACUGUGGAAAAAGUUUUAGUCGAAAACUUAGUUUAACUCAGCACAUGAUGAUUCACACUGGUGAAAAGCCGUUUUUAUGUGUGAACUGUGGAAAAGGUUUUAGUCAAAAACAGGAUUUAACUCGGCACAUGAUGAUUCACACUGGUGAAAAGCCGUUUUUAUGUGUGAACUGUGGAAAAGGUUUUAGUCAAAAAGGUAAUUUAACUCAGCACAUGAGGCGUCACACAGUUGAAAAGCAGUAGAAGUAUUUUCCAUACUUGUUCUAUGUUGAGGUUCACUAUAGAUCUGAUUUGGUUUAAAACUAGAAUGAAAGACUGGAGGGGUUUCAUGUCUAUUAAGCUGAAAAUUGUUGUAUUUGUUAAAUGUGAUCAUUUGGAUACUUGGAGAUGUGCAACCAUGACACAUUUUCUUGUUCUUUUUGGUAUAUUCUGUAUCAAUAAACAAUAAUGAUAAACUGUAUGUUGUUGUAUUAACUUACUGUUUAUGUCAAACUGUAUGUUGUGUGUGUACAACAUGAAGAGCAGAGGGCUCAGCACACAGCCCUGAGGAGUGCCUGUACUGAUGCUGAUAGAUGAAGAGGCUUGGGGGCCCACUGACUAUUUCAUACAUUAACAGAGUUUGACCGGACAUGGACUCCCUUCCAGAACAUUCUCACAUGAUUGGACUUGGGGGAUUGAUUUGUAUUAUUCUGUACCAUAGAGAGUGAGUGGGGUUUAUUUUUGUAGUUUUUUAAAUCAACAAUAGAAUGUACAGAAUUGAGUGUUUUCAAAACAUCUGCAAAAAUAGUAUUUGUGAUAGUUUUGUCUUUAAAGUAAAAUGAGAUUUCUUUCAAAUUAUUGUGACCAGUUUUACUCUACCUAAUUAAAAUCUUUUCAAUUGAAAGAAAACUCAUUUGUACUUUAAAGACAAUGCAAGAUUCACCACAAACUAAUUUUCAUGCAUUGAUUGCACAAAGUACAUGUGAUUAUUUUCAAUAUUUUGCUUUUUUUCUCUAGUUUUAGCUGUAAUAUUUUGCUCUUUUUUGCUGCAUGCAUUUAUGUUGAAACAAUUUUUAUGUGUAUUUAUAUAUGUAUUUUAGAAAGAAGUUAAAGUGUAACAUUUCAUUGAAGAUUAAAAGUUUUGAGUUUUCCUUUA